AUGGUUCUUGGCGUUCCUUCUCAAACCGCAAACCAACCACAUUCUAUACCCUGGCACAUCGUCGCUACUAUGGACAAAGAAGCUGGCACAGAACAUGUGCCACAGAAAGUAUCCACAGAGCCUGAAGGAUUGGACAAACUCUUUCCAUGGCUGAAACCUGCAUUGCGGUCGAGACGGACGAUUAAGACAUGGAUUCGAUGUUGUAUUGCAUUGGCGACGACGAUGAUGCUUAUGGUGGCCACGAAGCCUGCGCAUACGAUGGGCCAAGCUGCAUUCUUCUGCGUAAUCGUGGCCGUGAUGUUACCUCCAACGUUUGCUCUAUCGGUAUUUUUGAUGGCUGCGACAACGUUGCUAGUUGGUAUGCUUCUGGGAUGGGCAUGGGGUAGUGCUGCCAUGGCUUCAGCCCUGUCUGUUCGCAGCGCGUCUUUGUUUGCCCAGCAGUCACAGACAUUGAAGUCUUUACUGGAUCCCACAAGUCCCAUCCCAAUUGCGAGACAGAUUCAAAUCCACACUUUCCAUGGCAUUUUUCUUGACCCACGUGUGUGCCAGCUCAUCGGCGGUUUACGGCGCCUUUCUAUUUAUUGGUACAUUUGCAAUGGGAGCGUUGAGAGCGUAUCUUCCGAGCUUGACGCUGCUGAGCGUCUUUGGGUCGAUCGUAAUGGAUGUGGCGUGUACUACAGGGCCGCUGCAGUGCUACCAACUGCACAAUAUACCAUCCCUGAACAGCUUAUCAUCCCUACAACCUUCUAUGUUGCGGUCGCGAUUGGGACUGUUAUCCUUAUCUUCCCAGAGAGCUUGAGCCACGUUUGGCUUACGCUGUUAUUGGAAUCGUUCUGGACCAAGACUCUGGAUCUGCUGCGGUUACAGUCCGAGACACUUGCCCUCCGUCCAUCAGACCAUGAGGCUUGGACCAAACUGAAUGCUCGCGGCACACAAUUACGCACCAGUCUGGUUGCUGCGACAGAUGCAGUUUCCGACCAACUCAAGUUAAUCGACUUGGACACAUCGAUUGGCCGUUUAGGUCCAGCAGACCUUAAGAAAAUCAAUUUGGAACUGAAGUCGAUUAUGUUUCGUGCUAGGUGA